AGGGCGGCCCGGGCGCAGCAGAGGCUGCUGGGCGGGCGGGCGAGCGGCCCCAGGCCCAGCCGCCCGCCGCCGCGCCCGAGCCUGCGGAGUUGGAGCUGCCCGCCGGGCCCGCCUGCCAGCGCGAGGGGUGCAUAUUCGCGGUCCAUUCCCUCGACAAGUUCGACGGGCACUGCUGCGGCGGGUGCGUGGCCGGCAACGGCCACGGCGGCUUCUGCGAGUCGAAGCUGGCGCCCGAGCGCGCGGCGAGGGUCGUGGCCUCGCAGGACGAGGCGAACCUCGUGGGCUGUGCCCGCCCCGGCUGCUUCUUCGCGGCCCACCGGUCCCAGGACAUCGGCGGCUACUGCUGCGGGGUCUGCCAGAAGCAGGGCAGGGGCCACGGCCGGUUCUGCGAGAUGCUCCUCGUGCGCGAGCGCGCGGCCAGCGCGCUGGAGAGGAUCUGCCCGCCCGCUGGCGCACUCGGGCAGCAGCUUGGCCCGCCGCAAGGCGCCGCGACGUUGAAGCCGCCGCAGAAGGC